AUGGUGAUAAAUUGGGGAGGUCGCACGUGUCGUAGGAGUAGCCGGCGUGUUGACAGACCCCAUACGAGGCCGGGUGCGUCCCGUCGUAUGAGAGGAGAUUGUGUUGAGGUCGCACGUGUCGUAGGAGUAGCCGGCGUGUUGACAGACCCCAUACGAGGCCGGGUGCGUCCCGUCGUCGCACGUGUCGUAGGAGUAGCUGGCGUGUUGACAGACCCCAUACGUGGCCGGGUGCGUCCCGCCGUAUGGGGAGUUAUUAUGAUACUUGGGAGGUCGCACGUGUUGUAG